ACCCGGGGACAUCUGGACGUCCAACAGACUGGUUGCCUCAGUUGCCUCAGUCUGUCCACAUGUCGUGAUGUGUUGUUGUGCUAUGUUGUGUUGUUGUGCUGUGAUGUGUUGUUGUGUUGUGUUUUGAUGUGUUGAUGUGUUGUUGUGCUGUGACGUGUUGAUGUGUUUUUGUGUUGUGAUGUGUUGUUGUGUUGUGUUGUGAUAUGUUGUGUUGUUGUGUUGUGAUGUGUUGUGUUGUUAUGUUGUGAUGUGUUGUUGUGUUGUGUUGUGAUGUGUUGUUAUAUUGUGAUGUGUUGUUGUGUUGUUGUGUUGUUGUGUUGUUAUGUUGUGAUGUGCUGUUGUGUUGUGUUGUGAUGUGUUGUUAUGUUGUGAUGUGUUGUUAUGUUGUGAUGUGUUGUUGUGUUGUUAUGUUGUGAUGUGUUGUUGUUAUGUUGUGCUGUGUUGUUGUGUUAUGUUGUGAUGUGUUGUUGUGUUGUAAUGUUUUGAUGUGUUGUUGUGUUGUUAUGUUGUGAUGUGUUAUUGUGUUGUUAUGUUGCGCUGUGUUGUUGUGUUAUGUUUUGAUGUGUUAUUGUGUUGUGAUGUUUUAUGUCAUGUGAUUGUAAAUGACCACGUGUCAGUCACAGUUUGUUUGUAUUAAACUGUCUGUGGCUCCAUGUGUUCUGUACCAGACCUGCAGUUCCACUCCCCUCCAGCUUGGGGGCGGUGUAGAGCUUGGCGCAGCUUCGCGGACCCACGCUAGCACGAAGGAGAAGAAGAAGGAGCUAAGCCGUGCAGCUAACAGUUCGUCAGUAAACAAACAGAAAGAUUCACAAAUCUCGGAGGCUCGGACAUGUCGGCUGAUACCAAGAUUGCAGAGCUGCUGACGGAGCUGCAUCAGCUCAUCAAACAGACGCAGGAGGAAAGAUCCCGGAGUGAACACAAUCUACUCAACAUUCAAAAGACACACGAGAGGAUGCAGACUGAAAACAAAACGUCUCCGUACUACAGGACCAAGCUGAGGGGCCUGUACACCACAGCCAAAGCCGACGCCGAGGCCGAGUGCAGCAUCCUGCGUCACGCUCUUGAUAAAAUCGCAGAAAUCAAGUCGUUGUUGGAGGAGAGGAGGAUAGCUGCUAAGAUGGCCGGCGUCUACAGUGACAGCGACCCGCCCCGGAAGACGAUGAGGCGCGGCGUCCUGAUGACGCUCCUCCAGCAGUCGGCCAUGACGCUCCCUCUGUGGAUCGGAAAGCCUGGAGAGAGCCCCCCCCCUCUGUGUGGGGCGACGCCCGCCAGCGGCGACUACGUGGCCAAGCAGGGCGACAAAGUGGCAGCGAGGGUGAAAGCCGUGGACGGAGACGAGCAGUGGAUCCUGGCUGAGGUGGUCAGCUACAACCACUCCACCAACAAAUACGAAGUGGACGACAUUGAUGAAGAAGGAAAAGAGAGACACACUCUGAGCAGACGCAGGAUCAUCCCUCUGCCUCAGUGGAAGGCAAACCCAGAGACAGACCCUGAGGCCCUGUUCAGCAAAGACCAGCUGGUGUUGGCCCUCUACCCCCAGACCACCUGCUUCUACCGGGCCCUUAUCCACACCCCCCCACACAGGCCUCAGGACGACUACUCUGUGCUGUUCGAGGACACGUCGUACGCUGACGGUUACUCCCCCCCUCUGAACGUGGCUCAGCGAUACGUGGUCGCCUGCAAAGAGAACAAGAAGAAGUGACGGGUGCUGAAGAGCUGAAGCAUGAACGCACCGACGAAGCCUGUUUGAUUGUUUAGUUUGAAACUUUUUCAGUUUUUUUAAGAGAUGAUGUUCAGGAGCAGGUUCUGGAUGACUAGUGAAGAAUCAAAAAAAAAAAGGUUUGAAGCUGAAGAGGGAGACGUUCGUUAGUCGAGUGAAAACUUCCCCGAACAGACAUUUUAAAAUGAGGCUGUAGCUGGUUUCAGACUCCAGCUCAGAUCCAGAGAAUCGUCUCCUGAGCUUCUCCAGAGUUUGUGUUUCACAGCUGAACGCCACCUCAUGGUUCAGGUGAGAGGUGGAGCAGCCGGGUACAGCAGACACACACAGGAAGUGACCUGUUACCUCUGCUGCAGAGGUCAUGUGACCAUGUUUACAUCACCUGACACGUCGUCAGCUCUGAUCUCCACUAACUCUCUUCACAUCUUCGUCUGUGUCUUCAUCGUGUGUGUCUGCACUUCUUCACCAGAGAGGUUUGUUUUAGUUUCUUCAUGUUUUUGUCCCGUGUUAGAAGCUCCCCCCCCCCACUGACUAAGUGAAUCAGUGGAGGAUCCUCUGCUGUGGUCUCACAUCGGAUUCUCCUGGAUUUUUACGGACUUUACACAGGAGGUCAGGCAGAGAAAGUCUGCAGAGACUGUGGAUUCUCUCACUCUGACAUUUGUUCGGAGAAAAUACAGAGGAACUGUGGAGUUCAGUGUCUGAAAGCAGCUUAUUUAACCCCAGACUCAGAAGAAUUGAAAUUAACCGUGGGGACCUGAACGCCUCCUCAGCUGUGUUAAGUAAAAACAGAUUCUAACGAAUUCUGGACGUUGGUGGAAUAAAAAAAAGUAUAAUUGUAAAACAUUGUUUUCUUAUGGCCAUGAUGUAUAUAAAAUCUUUUUGUGUAUGAUAAAGAUGAGAAUAUUC